GCGGCGGACACGAUGCAGCUCCUGUUGAGGGUGCCGUCUCUUCCAGAGCGGGGCGAGCUGGACUGCAAUAUCUGCUACCGGCCCUUCAACCUCGGGGUCCGCGCACCCCGCCGCCUGCCGGGGACGGCGCGCGCCCGCUGCGGCCACACGCUCUGCACCGACUGCCUGCGCGAGCUGGCGGCGCGCGGCGACGUCGGCGGGGCGGCCGCUCGCGUGGUGCGCCUGCGCCGGGUCGUCACGUGCCCCUUCUGCCGCGCGCUCACCCCGCUCCCGCGCGGCGGGGUCACGGAAGUCGCUGUCGACCCGGACUUGUGGGCCCGCUUGGAGGCAAAAUCGCGGGCCGAGCGCAAACCUGAUGAGACGGGUGGCCGGGUCCGGGAAAUCGGCGAUGCGGACAGAGAGGUCGACGAGGAAGAGGAGAGCGAGAAGUGGGCGGGGCCUAGGAGCGCGGGGUGGUGCGCGAUCCGGCGGCUUUGGGCCCGGGUCCUGGCGCCCGCGCACCGCUGGCGACGCCCGCUGCCUAGCAACGUGCUGUACUGUCCGGAGAUCAAGGACUUGGCCCACAUGACCCGCUGCACGCUGUAACUGAGGAACCCUGAAGCUGCGGCAGAAGGUGGGAGCUGCAUCCUCAGGGCGUGCUGUAGUACAGGGGGCUGGUGCCGAGACUACCCCCUCUCACAUCCCGGAUUGGCACUGAUGGGGGAAAUGAGCCAAGGGCAGGAGGGAACGCCCUGGGAGGUGUUGAUACUGAGCUGGGGAGGCUCCUAGACGAAUCGCCCCCAUCUAUUGACUGUGCCAGCACUGCAUAUUCAGGAUGGAGUGGCCCAGGAAUGAUAGAUACAAAGUCUACGAUGUUCCCGUGGGAGGAGGACAGACUGUUUCCUUAGCUAGGUCUUUGGCUUUUGUCCAGGGCAGCUCUGGUGUGUGGGAGCAACAGGUCCCAUUUUAGCAAUACUGUGUCAAUGAUUUCAAAGUUUAAAAAAAGAUGGAAUAGGAGAGAAACAGCUGAUUUUCAUGUUAACGUUAAUCUCACUUCUCUUAAAACCUAAGAGAACUAGAAAAAUAAACCGUACUCCACCCCACCCCUUGCUGAUAUGCCUAAUGUCUCCCCACUCUCAGUGCUGUGCUCCUAAAAUUAUGGAGAUACAUUCCUACCUAUGAGGUUAGGAGCCUUGCUUCAUUUCAGAAUCUAGGGCAGGUAUGAGAAGGUCCAAAAGGUAUUUAUCUGAGUCACCUCACGAGCCUAUCAACGAUAGGAGGGAGAGGCCAUUUGGCAGAGGCAUCAAUUUGUAAACUUCUGACAGUAUCUGUUAUCUUUACAGUCAUAAGAAAACACUGUUACUACUGCAAAAAGAUGCACAUCACAGUUUUAAACUUGUGUCCCCAAAUGAACGUAUCUACAAAACAGAAACAGACUCAGACAUAAAGAACAAACUUACCAGGGAGUAAAGAGGGGUGGGAAGGGUAAGUUAGGAAUUAAAAAAUGGCACCUCUUGGGGAGUGAUGGAAAUGCUAGCUAUCUUGAUUGUGGUAGUAGUUUCACUGUAUAUACAUAUAGUGUAUAUACAUCUAUGAAAAUUCAUCAAAUUGUGUAUUUGCAAUAUGUGUAGUUUACUGUACAGAAACCAUACCACAAUAAAGGUAUUAAAAAAAAAGUAAGAUAAACUUGUGUUCCAUCACCUGUUUUAAGGCAUGGGUUCUACUUAAAAUCCUGUUACUAUCUUACAACAGUAUAUAGUCAAGGACCAAUAGCAUCAUCAUCACUGGGAACUUGUUUGAAGUACAGAAUCUCAGGAUUCCACUUCAGACUGACUGAAUCAGACUCUGCAUUUUAAGAAGAAUCCCAGGUAAUCUAUUUAAAUAAAAAUUUAAGAAGCAUUGGUCCAGGUCUGAGACUAUGUAGGAUGUCACUAUCUGUGGGUGGAAUACUUAAAAACACACUUGGUAUAAAAGAUAUGAUUUACUGAAGGUUCUAAAGUGACACUCCGUUACUGAAGAAAUUUAAACUCUUUGUGUGUAUAAUUUACUGUGUUGCAUUUUCCCGAGUUAAAAAUGUGAAAUUAAGAAUAAACCUCAAUUUUUGUAACCAUAUACCCUCUUUGGGAGGCCUUUCUCAGCACUGAACCUGGUGUAGCCUCCUCCCUCAUCUUCUGUAACAUAAUGCCUUGUUUUAAUUUUUUCAUUGAUUUUAUGAUAGUAUGUGUUCUGUCAGUGUCCCCCAGUAGAGUUUAAGCUCCAUGAGAGCAAUGAUUCACUUGUGACUGUUGUAUCCCCAAGGACAACAGCAGCAAAUGCUCAAUAAAUGCUUGUGGGAGUUGCCUUUUAUUUUUUAA